GUACACCAGCAGAUGUGCCAGCAAACCCUACACCUUUCUGUGGCACUUAUAGACGAGAUCCUAAAUAGAGUGAAGAUCUCCUUGGCUGUACUCCAGCUCCUUGGCAUCACUUGUGUUCUCAUAGCGGCCAAAUAUGUAGAGCGCUUUCCUCCUGAGAUCACCAGCCUCUGUAACUUGACGGACAACACCUAUGAGCCACAACAGGUCCUGGACAUGGAGAAGUUCAUCCUGAAGGAGCUGAAGUUUGACCUUAACUUCUGUGAGCCAAUCAUGUUUCUCGACAGAUUCUUGGAGGUAGAAAAGGAGGAUAAGGAGGUACUGUGUAUAUUGUUUGGGCUGGUUAUGCCAUUUAUUGCCCAAUGA